AUGUUGUUUAACGGAUUCACCGCCCUCGUGGGAUUGCUCACAUUAGGAGCAGUGCACUGCGAGGAUGAAACGAUAGGCCCGAUUUUCAUGAAGGAACCCCCGAACCGAGUAGACUUUAGCAAUACGACCGGAGCAGUAGUGGAAUGCGCCGCCCGAGGAUCCCCCGCCCCCGACGUUAUUUGGGUACGAGCUGAUGGAACUGCUGUUGGAGAUGUGCCCGGACUGCGACAGGUUCUGCCCAGCGGAAAUCUGGUUUUCCCACCUUUCCGUGCUGAAGAUUACCGUCAGGAGGUUCACGCUCAGGUGUAUGCCUGUUUAGCCAGGAAUCCAGUUGGUACGAUUCAUUCCCGUGACGUUAACGUGAGAGCUGUGGUCGCCCAGCAAUAUGACACUGAUGUCAACAAGGAAUACGCUAUUAUGGGGAAUAGUAUAAUUCUGAAAUGCCAGGUGCCAUCUUUCGUUGCCGAUUUCAUAGAAGUUCUCUCAUGGCACACCGAUGAAAAUGAAGACUUCUAUCCUGGAGAAAAUUAUGUGGUUCAACAACAGUAUGAGUCAGAAGUUAACAAUGAAUAUGUGAUCCGCGGCAACUCGGCUAUCCUCAAGUGCUCCAUACCGUCUUUUGUGGCGGACUUCGUGAGCGUUGUCUCGUGGCACGAUGAAUCUGGCAACGCAUUCACUCCUGCUGAAAAUGAAGAGGGAAAUGUUGUGUCACAGUAUUACGUGACCGAAGCCGAAAACGAGUACGUGAUUAGAGGCAACGCUGCUAUUGUUCGGUGCAAGAUUCCAUCUUUUGUUAGUGACUUCGUGCACGUGGAAGCUUGGAUUAUGGACGACGGGCAAAUACUAACUAUGAAUCACACAAACAUAAGCGAUGUUGUAUCUCAGUCGUACGAGGCCGAAGCCGACAACGAAUAUGUUAUCCGCGGCAACGCAGCCGUAAUGAAGUGCGAAGUACCGAGUUUUGUCUCAGAUUUUGUUUACGUUGAAAUGUGGACGGAUAGCGAAGGAGGCACUUAUUAUCCCGGCCACAGCGAGGCCGUGCUACAAACUUACGAGGCUAGGGUAAACGACGAAUUUGUUUUGCGAGGCAACACUGCUAUUCUUAAAUGCAUCGUGCCAUCAUUUGUUGCUGACUUCGUUAAUGUUGUGGCUUGGAUUAUGGAUAAUGAGACAGUUCUUGCAGAGGAAAAUCCAAAUAUUGAUUCCGUCGUACACCAGAAUUACGAACCUCGUGUUAUUGAUGAAGAUGUUUUGCGUGGCAAUUCUGUUAUUGUCAAAUGUACAAUUCCAUCGUUUGUGGCAGAUUACGUACAAGUUGUGGAAUGGGUAACGGACGAUGAGUCCCUCCCUGUUUUUUCGUUAAGUGGCUCCGAGGGCAAUUACGCUGUUAACCAGUUCUACGAAUCUCAAGUAUACGAUAUCUACGUAAUACGAGGUAACGCCGCGGUGUUUAAGUGUCAUAUCCCUUCUUUUGUAUCUGAACAUGUCUAUGUAAUGUCCUGGCAUGAUUCUGAAGAGGGCGAAUACCUGGCGAACGAAAAUUAUGUUGUGUCUCAGGCCUAUACAGUUAAUUUAGUCGAAGAAAAUGUGUUACGAGGAAAUGCUGCAAUACUUAAGUGCCUCAUCCCCAGUUUCGUGACAGAGUAUGUGUCCGUUGCUUCUUGGAUUAUCUCGGAAGAUGACGAUGAGAGAGAGAUUAAAAUAAAUGACAGUGUUAAUCAAGAGGUUGUGUCACAGGCAUAUACAGUAAAUUUAAUGGAAGAGAGUGUUUUGCGUGGAAAUGCUGCAGUAUUAAAAUGCCAUAUUUCAACUUUUGUAACCGAAUAUGUAAGCGUAUCCUCUUGGAUAAUUUCUGAAGACGAUAUAGAUGAAUUGGAAAUUAAGGCUGAAUCCAAUGUAUCGGUUGUGUCACAAGCUUAUUCUGUAAAUUUAAUGGAAGAAAAUGUUCUCCGUGGAAACUCUGCGAUUGUUAAAUGUCAUAUACCCAGUUUUGUAGCAGAGUAUGUAACUGUAUCUUCUUGGAUAAUCUCAGAAGGGGACAUUGAGGAACUUGAAAUUAAUCUUACUGAACUUUCAAACCUAGUCGUCUCUCAAGCAUAUGACGUUAAAUUCUGGGAAGAAUAUGUUUUGCGAGGCAACGCGGCCAUUUUAAAAUGUCAGAUUCCAAGUUUUGUCGCAGAAUAUGUCUCAGUGAGUUCGUGGAUAAUCUCUGAAGAUGAUAAUGAACAAGAAAUUAAAAUUAGUGAUUCCGAAAAUUUAGUGGUUUCCCAAGCGUACGCUGUAAAUCUGAUGGAGGAAUAUGUCUUAAGAGGCAAUGCAGCUAUUUUGAAAUGCCACAUACCGAGUUUUGUCUCAGAAUAUGUUACUGUCAUCUCUUGGAUUAUCAGUGAAGGUGAAGAAGAGUUAGAGAUUAAACUCGAAUCUAACGAGAACUUUGAGGAGGGAAAAUACUUAGUUCUUCCAUCCGGAGAAUUACAUAUUCGUGAUGUUGGACCCGAGGAUGGUUACAAAUCGUAUCAAUGUCGUACUAAACACAGACUCACUGGAGAAACUCGUUUAUCAGCUACGAAAGGACGCCUGGUUAUUACAGAGCCAGUGGGCCGAGUUUCACCAAAAUUUCCUUCGAUGGAUAGCUCAAGAAGCUUCAGCGCUAUGUUUAACACGAGUUUAACGAUAUUGUGCCCCGCGCAGUCUUUCCCGGUCCCUAUGUUCAGCGCUCCACCAAAAGUUCCAACAAAAGUCAUAGAAUUUAUGGAAUUCGCAACUAAUUCAAGUGUUACAUUGCUUUGUCUGGCUCAAGCUUACCCGGUUCCAGUGUUUAGGCUCAAGCGUAUCCCGUUCCAAUAUUCAGAACCAAUCGCAAGUGCAGUACCGAGUAUCACUGCAACGCCAAAGGCCGCCGUGCAUUAUGCACAACUUCUUUCGUUAGCUCUGUUGUGUCCAGCUCAAGGAUACCCCGUUCCAAUAUCAAGAUGGUACAAGUUUAUUGAUGGCACUACUAGAAAACAGCCGGUUGUACUGAAUGACAGAGUAAAGCAGGUCUCUGGAACACUGAUAAUUAAAGAAGCUAAAGUUGAAGAUUCUGGAAAAUACUUGUGCGUUGUCAACAAUUCCGUCGGUGGCGAAUCUGUUGAAACUGUACUGACUGUGACCGCACCUCUUAAGGCUACGGUCGAACCUGCGACGCAAACCGUUGAUUUUGGCAGACCCGCUGUGUUUACGUGCAGAUAUGAGGGCAACCCUGUUAAGACUAUCACCUGGCUAAAGGACGGCAAGGAUAUGAAGCAUCAUGACGCCAUCUUAAGGAUUGAAUCUGUUAAGAAGGAGGACAAGGGCAUGUACCAGUGCUUCAUCAGAAACGAUCAAGAAAGUGCCGGUGCCAGCGCUGAACUUAAACUUGGAGGACGGUUCGAACCACCACUAAUCCGCCACAGCUUUGGUGAGCAAACUCUCCGAUCUGGACCAUCGCUCAGAUUAAAAUGCGUCGCGUCCGGUACCCCGACUCCCGACAUCGCCUGGCUGCUGGAUGGCGAAAAGCUGAACAGUGGGGAACGCCUGCAAAUCGGACAAUUCGUCACCGCCGAUGGAAACGUCGAGUCUCACCUAAACAUCUCUUCAGUGCACACGAACGACGGUGGUCUUUAUUCCUGUAUUGCAUCUAGCAAGGUUGGCAGCGCCUCGCACGCCGCUCGCGUUAACGUGUACGGGUUGCCGUACGUGCGGCCGAUGAAGAAGCGGCCGGUCGUUGCUGGAGACACACUGAUCGCUCACUGCCCGGUCGCCGGUUACCCCAUCGAGUCUAUUGUCUGGGAACGCGACAACCGUGUGCUACCCAUUAACCGUAAACAGAAGGUCUUUCCCAAUGGCACCUUGGUAAUUGAGAAUGUAGAGCGCAUGAGCGACCAAGCCACGUACACCUGCGUCGCCAAAAAUUCUCAGGGCUACACUGCUAAGGGAACUCUCGAACUGCAAGUCAUGGUACCGCCGCAAAUCACUCCGUUCGAAUUCGGUGAGGAGAUACUGAACGAGGGCGAAACGGCCUCCGUGUCUUGCGUAAUGAGUAAAGGAGAUCUUCCCGUCACUUUCAAAUGGCUUUUCAACGGAGAGGAGAUUAAACCGCGUAACUCUCUCAACAUCGUACUCACGACGAUCAGCAAGAAAACCUCCAUACUAAAUAUUGAAGCUGUCAACUACGCUCACCGGGGCUCCUACACUUGCCAGUUAAAAAAUGCAGCCGGAGCAACAAACCACACUACUUCGCUCAGUGUUAAUGUUUUGCCCCAAAUUCAUCCGUUUACCUUCGGAGAUGAACCAGCCAACGCGGGCGAUACCGUCGGCGUUCAGUGUAUGGUGACGAAGGGCGACGCUCCCAUCAAUAUCACGUGGCAUUUGAAUGGAAAAAAUGUUAAAGAAAUUUCCGGUGUUACUGUCACCAAGAUUGGUCAUAAGUCGAGCACAUUGUCCAUCGAUUCGGUAUCUCUAAUACAUACAGGCACUUACACUUGUACUGCCGAAAAUCAAGCGGGCCAUGCUAAUUAUACGGCAGAUCUAGCGGUCAAUGUUGUACCGCAGGUAACGCCUUUCGAUUUCGGAGAAGAUAUUUUGAAUGCAGGCGAUACCGUGUCGUUAACAUGUACGGUCGGAAAAGGAGACUUGCCCCUUAAUAUUCACUGGCAGCUUAACAAAGAAACAUUGAACUCCGGAAAUGGAAUUCAAAUAAACAGAAAUGGAAAACGAAUUUCGAUUUUAAGCAUUGAAAACGUGCAACAUGAACACAUCGGGAAUUAUACUUGUAUCGCUGAAAAUGAGGCUGGUCGUAGUUCCCACAGUGCGGUGCUCAACCGCGUUUUCCAUCAUAUAGUUGCUCCACAAAUAAAGCCUUUCGAUUUCGGAACGGAACCUGUAAACGAUCAGGAAACGGUGGUUGUAACCUGUACGGCUAGCAAGGGCGACUCUCCGCUCAGUAUGCAAUGGUAUUUCAAUGGUCAAAUGGUCAAGUCCGUCGCACCAAUUAUUACCCCUUUUGAAUUUGACGAAUCCGUUUUCUUUGGUGAGGGAGUUCAAGUAACGUGCCACGUUCCAAAAGGAGACAAACCUCUGACUUUCAAAUGGAGCUUCAACGGAGGAGAUGUGAGUUUGCUCCCUGGAUUGAAUAUUAUGAAUGUUGGGGACAUGGGCUCAGCUCUCAUUAUACCCACUGUGACGGCCAAACAUUCCGGCAAUUACACGUGCACUGCCUCCAAUAUUGUUGCCAGUGCUAGUCACCACGCAACACUCAAUGUCAAGGUGGCACCAAUAAUAUCCCCAUUUGAAUUUGAUGAAGCUGUAUUUUACGGAGAAAGCAUUCAAGUAAUGUGCCAUAUUCCUAAAGGCGAUAUGCCAUUAACUCUUAAAUGGUCAUUCCGCGAUCGUCCUUUAGAACGCUUCGACGCUGUAACAAUCACAAAAAUAGGAGCUCGAUCUUCAAUAUUGGCUAUCCCUUCUGUGACCGAGAAACACUCAGGAAAUUAUACGUGCACAGCAUCGAAUACUGUAGCAAGCACUAACCACACAGCUACUUUGAAUGUUCAGGUACCUCCACACAUCGUCCCAUUUGAGGCUGAAGAGCCAGUAUUUGCUGGAGAAUCAAUGCAAUUGACCUGUCACAUUUCCAAAGGAGAUGCGCCUAUUGCUAUUACUUGGAGUUUCCAUGGAAAAGAUUUGUCCUCUCAUCAAGGGAUCUCCACAAUGAAGAUUGGCGAGCGGACGUCGCUAUUAACGAUAUCUAGUGCGAGCGCCAGUCACAGCGGCGAAUAUUCAUGUCACGCGGGCAAUCGAGCCGGUCUAGCUAUCCAUUCAACCACGGUCAAUGUACACGUUCUUCCUCACAUCAAGCCAUUUGAAUUGGACGAGGCGGUAUUUGCGGGAGAAACCGUACAUCUGGACUGUUACGUGUCCAAAGGCGACACUCCUUUAAGUAUAACUUGGAGUUUCGAAGGCAAACCUGUAACGCAAAAAAUGGGAAUUAAAACGACUAAGCCUAGUGAACGUGUUUCUACAUUGGACAUACCUAGCGCUUUGGGUUCUAACAGUGGCAACUAUACGUGUACGGCAACAAAUAGAGCGGGAACUGCGAACCACACGGCGACCCUGAACAUCAUCGUCAUUCCCCACAUCAAACCAUUUGAGUUGGACGAAGCCGUAUUUGCGGGAGAGCCUGUACAUCUUGAUUGUCAUGUGUCCAAAGGUGACAUUCCGUUAAACAUUAUAUGGAGCUUCGAAGGCAAACCCGUGUCACAUGGAAUGGGUGUGAAGACAAUGACGCUUAGUGAUCGCGUUUCUGUACUAGACAUUUCAAGCGCUAUGGACACCAACAGUGGCAACUACACGUGCACGGCGACCAACAAAGCGGGCACAGCAAACCAUACGGCCGUGCUUAACGUGAUCGUUCCACCAUUGAUAGUGCCAUUCAGUUUCGGAGAGGUGCCUUCUAAUCCCGGAGACGCCGUGGUUGUUAACUGUGUUGCUACUAAAGGAGAUCUGCCGCUAGAAAUAUCUUGGACGUUUAGCAGUGAAACAAUAGACUCGAGUCUGCAUCGCGGCAUCACUACGAUGCCGCUAGGUCCACGAGCGUCAGUUCUUACCAUCUACUCCCUGACUGCCAAUCAUCAAGGAAACUACACGUGUAUCGUGCAAAACGCCGCUGGCCGCGCUGAGUACGCGGCGACACUCGUCGUAAAUGUUCCUCCACGUUGGAUUAUUGAGCCCACUGAUAAAGCUUUUGCGCAAGGGUCUGAUGCCAAAGUAGAAUGUAAGGCCGAUGGCUUCCCUAAGCCCCAAGUGACGUGGAAGAGGGCUGAAGGUGACACGCCUGGUGAUUACAAAGAUCUUAAACCCAAUAAUCCUAAUGUUAAAGUCGAAGAUGGAACAUUAACUAUUAAUAAUAUUCAAAAGACUAACGAAGGAUACUAUCUCUGCGAAGCUGUUAAUGGAAUUGGAUCUGGUUUAUCUGCCGUGAUUAUUAUCAGUGUACAGGCACCACCACAAUUCGAAAUUAAAAUGAGAAAUCAGACCGCACGCCGAAGUGAGCCAGCCGUACUGCAGUGCCAAGCUAAGGGUGAAAAGCCUAUUGGAAUUAUCUGGAACAUGAACAAUAAACGCCUUGAACCUAAAUCGGACCCCCGUUACACAAUUCGUGAAGAGAUUUUGCCCGGAGGUGUAGUUUCUGAUCUAAGUAUCAGACGUACUGAACGGUCUGAUAGCGCCCUGUUCACUUGCGUUGCGACAAAUGCUUUCGGAUCUGACGACACUAGCAUCAAUAUGAUCAUCCAAGAGGUACCUGAAGCCCCAUAUGGCUUAAAAGUUCUUGACAAAUCUGGAAGGACCGUCCAACUGUCCUGGGCUGCGCCAUAUGACGGAAACUCGCCAAUCAAAAAGUUCCUUAUUGAAUAUAAACGAGCUAAGGGCAAUUGGGAAAAGGACAUCGACAGAGUGCUUGUACCCGGCGAUGCCACAGAAGCCGGUGUAUUCAGUCUCCGCCCUGCCACCGCCUACCACAUCAGGAUUGUCGCCGAGAAUGAACUUGGCACCUCUGAGCCAUCGGAAACAGUCACUAUUAUUACCGCCGAAGAAGCACCCACCGGCAUGCCUCAGGAUGUCAAAGUCGACGCUGUUGACAAACACACACUAAGAGUUACAUGGAAGCCACCUCAACCACAGGACUGGAAUGGCGAACUCCAAGGGUACUAUGUUGGCUACAAACUGGCUUCCAGUAACAAAUCUUUCGUAUUUGAAACUGUCGAUAUUUCUAAGGAAUCUGGAAAAGAACACCAUCUUGACAUUUUGAAUCUGAAGACGUACACGCAGUACGCGAUCGUGGUGCAGGCGUUCAACAAGGUGGGGUCGGGGCCGGUGUCGGGCGAGGUGCGCGCGUACACGGCGGAGGGCGCGCCCACCGCGCCGCCGCAGGACGUGCUGUGCACCACGCUCACCGCGCAGACCAUCCGCGUCUCCUGGCUGUCGCCGCCGCUCGCCGCCGCCAACGGACUCAUCAAGGGCUACAAGGUCAUCUACGGGCCCAGCGACACCUGGUACGAUGAAAAGUCAAAGGACACGAAGAUCACGGCUAGCAGCGAGACUAUUCUCCAUGGACUGAAGAAGUUCACCAACUACUCGAUGGAAGUACUGGCCACCACAAACGGAGGCGACGGCGUACGCUCAGCUCCUAUCCACUGCCAGACUGAACAAGACGUUCCUGAAGCCCCGCGCGCCGUAAAAGCUGUAGUGAUGGGACCUGACUCUAUUCUCGUCUCUUGGAGGCCUCCAGCGCAGCCUAACGGUGUUGUCACUCACUACAAUGUCUACACGCAAGCUCAGAACACCGAACCUCAUCCCAAUAAGGUACCCGCUUCUCAAACAAGCUACUCGGCGACUGAACUGAAACCUGGCCGCUACGACUUCUGGGUCACGGCUUCCACCAUAAUCGGCGAAGGACAACCCUCAGCUACUGCCUCUUGCAGCCCCAAUGACAAAGUUCCCGCUAAGAUUGCUUCAUUUGAUGAAUCGUUUACUGCCACUUAUAAGGAAGACGUAAAGCUGCCCUGUCUCGCCGUCGGUGUGCCCGCUCCUAAUAUUGUGUGGAAGGUCAAGGGGCAGGCGCUGGAGGCGUCGGAGCGCGUGCGGCAGCUGCCCGAGGGCUCGCUGCAGAUCGCGGGCGUAGCGCGCGAGGACGCGGGCGAGUACUCGUGCCACGUCGACAACCAGUUCGGCACCGACACCGUCACGCACACGCUCUCCGUGCUCGCCCCUCCAUUCCCACCUCAACUGAGCAUAGCCUCUUCGUCCGUGUCGUCCUUAACGCUGCGAUUGAAGCCUUCUUUAGACGUGGAUCAGUCGCCGGCCGCUGGAUAUACCAUCCACUACAAGCAGGAAUUCGGCGAUUGGGAAACUGUGCAGAUUCCAAGCAACACCGACACUUACACUUUGGAGAACUUAUUCUGUGGAUCUAGAUACCAACUGUACGUAACGGCUUAUAAUGGCAUCGGCACGGGCGAGGCGUCGGACGUGGUGAUCGCACGCACGCGCGGCUCCAAGCCGCCGGUGCCGCGCGCCGCGGACUUCAUCGAGGUGGGCAGCUCCUCCGUUACGCUGCACCUCAAGCAGUGGCUCGACGGCGGCUGCCCCAUGAGCCACUUCGUCGUCGAGAACAAGAAGAAGGGCGCCGCUGAAUGGAAUCAAAUCUCAAAUGCUGUGAAGCCUGGUGGAAAUUUCGUUGUUCUUGACCUGGAACCUGCAACUUGGUACGUUUUGAGAAUAACCGCACACAACAACGCUGGAUUCAAUGUCGCUGAAUAUGAAUUUGCUACUCUUACUAUGACUGGAGGUACGAUCGCACCCGCGCGCGACGUCAACGACGGCCACCUUACCACGGAACAGACGAUCAAGAUAAUCCUCUCGCAUCUCAAUCUGAUCGUCCCAGUCGUCGCCGCGAUACUCGUCAUCAUCAUUGCGAUCGUUGUCGUUUGCGUGGUACGAGGCGCGCGGGACCACCACCACCACAAAGACGACGGCGUGUACAACGCGUCGCAGGCGGCCUUGGGCGGCGGCGCGGGCACGCUGGACAAGCGCGGCGGACUGCGCGACGAGCUGGGCUACAUCGCUCCGCCCAACCGCAAGCUGCCGCCCGUGCCCGGCUCCAACUACAACACCUGCGACCGCCUCAAACGCCAGGCCGUCAUCAGCAUGGAGGAUGAGAUCUGCCCCUACGCGACUUUUCAUCUGCUAGGCUUCCGUGAAGAGAUGGACCCCAGCAAGGCCCUGGCAUUCCCACACCACCACCCCGCGCACGCUGGAACAUUGGCUCACCCUCACCCCCAUCACCCUGCUCACUCGCGCGCUGGGUCACAGAGCAUGCCCCGUGCUAGUAGCCGCUAUGCCCGUAAAAAUUCGCAGGGAGGGCAGAGCGCCAUCUACUCUACCGCGCCCGAAUAUGACGACCCCGCUACCUGCGCCGAGGAGGACCAAUACCGCGCCCGCUACUCGCGACCGAUGUACGCGUGCGGACCGGAGUACGACGAGCCCGCGUGCUGCGCGCCCGAGGACGACCAGUACACCGGCGCAUACGGCACCCCCUACUCCGACCACUACGGAUCGCGGCCCAGUAUUGCUCCCCCCGAGCCUCCCCCACCCCCACCACGCAACGCCAACAACGACAACAACUGCUCUUCAUCUUUCAACGAAAGCAAGGACUCGAACGAGAUUUCAGAAGCCGAGUGCGACCAGCCACGUAACUUUCCUGUCAGGGCCCACACUACCAAGGACGGCUUGCACAGCGAGGAAAUGAGAAAACUCAUUGACAGACCAGAAGCAAACACCCCAAUCCCCCAGCAAGCAGUCCACGGGCGGGGACUCACAGCCUACGAUACUGUGGCAGUGUAA